AUGGCAAAGAAAGCGUUCCAGCACCAGGCAGGCACGGCCAUGGAGUGUUUGAGCAUUCCCAUAACGUUACACAAAGAGAAGGACAUUGACGAGGAGGGUCGAGAGGUAUUGAAAUGUGGGUUCAAAAUUGGCGGCGGCAUUGAUCAGGAUUUCCGAAAAAGUCCCCAGGGUUAUACGGAUUAUGGAAUCUACGUAACGGAGGUCCACGAAGGUAGCCCAGCAGCCAAGUCAGGCUUACGGAUGCACGACAAAAUUUUACAAUGUAACGGAUACGAUUUUACCAUGGUGACGCACAAAAAGGCCGUCAGUUACAUUCGUAAAAAUCCCGUCCUGAACCUCCUCGUUGCCAGGAAAGGCGUUACAUCUACCUAA